AUGGGCGAGGGGCACGGCGGGCAGAGGCUCGGCCCAUCCGUCUCCCAGAUGUGCGCACCCCCGGACCGCACCUGGAGCUGCCGGGGGGGAAAGUCCCCGUCUGCUCCCGCCCGGCGGCACGGCGUGACCCCCCCGGCCUCCGCCAGGCUGCAGGAGCAGGGGUUUGCCGGCUCCGCACAUCCCGCUGGGAGCCGGGCGGGAAGCCCCGGGAAGCCGUUGUUUGCCCAGGCCGGGCAGCUCUGUCUCCUCCCCGUCCUGCCCAUUCUCUUUCCCUUCCACGUGGCUUUACAGUUUUUCCCCCUCUGCAAUCUUAUGCCUUUCUUUUCCCACUUCCGUAGUUACAAACACCCACAUGCGUUAUCUCCUUCCCCCAUCCCAUCCUGAAGCCUAUUUAUACAGAGCCGGCUGGCUGCAGGGCGCGGGCAGCCGCGGCACAACAUGCUCCUGUUCAAACCCGCGCUGGCUGAAAGGGGCUGCCUGCUGCUCUGGCUGCUGCCCUUCGUCCUCAGAGCCCAGGCCAGCGGGGAGGGGAGGCCCCGGCCGUGCCAGCAGAGCCCCACAAAGGUGUCUUGUGAAGGUGUUGGCCUGCGUGAGUUCCCGCAGGAGCUUGGCAGAGGAGUUAAGUACCUCCAACUCUCCAACAACUUCAUCCAAAACCUGUCUGGCAGCGCAAUGCCAGGCUUUGGGCAGCUUGAGUCCCUGGACCUGUGUUUUAACCAGCUGGAAGCCAUGUCAGCCACCACCCUGGCUCAGCUGCCCCAGCUGCGCUCCCUCCUCCUGGGCUCCAACCUCCUGCACCGCAAUUACCUCGCCAACGGGAGAGCCCUUCGCCUGCUGAGGAGUGUGGAGGUCCUGGACCUGUCAGCAAAUAACCUGGAGAGCCACAUGGCUGGCUGGUACAUCAGCAACCUCACGAGGCUGAGGACGCUGGAUCUGUCAGGGAACAGGAUGACCAGCCUGCUGGCAGGGCUGUUCCGCAGCACGCCGUGGCUGCGCCGGCUCGACCUCAGCGACAACUACAUCAUGGAAAUCGAGGAGGGAGUUUUCGAGGCUCUGGAAGAGCUGGAGGUGCUGAACUUGGCUUUGAACUCCCUCCACUGUGUCUCUGGCUUCAGCCUCACGCAGCUGCGAGUUCUCAACCUCAGCCACAACGCGCUGGAGCUCUUUGCCUCGCAGGAGGCAGCGCAGCCCUACCUGCUUCAGGUGCUCGACUUGAGCCAUAACAGACUCCUCUCUUUCCCAGAGCUCCCCCAAGCCCAUUUUCUCACACACUUAAACCUCUCCAACAACCUCAUUGCUUCCCUGCUCCCAGGCUCCCAGCAGCCAGAGGACUUUGUGCUGCUCUACAAGGAGAUGAGGGGAUUUAACAGGACCUCGCACACAGCGGCUGCUCUGACGCAUUUAGCCGACCUGGAUCUCGGUGGUAACCAGCUGCAGCGGUUCCCGUUUACCUUCCUCCACAGCCUGGGCUCUCUGCACAGCCUCAGCCUGGCCAGGAACUGUCUCCAGGACGUGGCCGGGGAGCUGCUGGCCGGUGGCACGGAGCCCCCGCAGCCCAUGGCCCUGUCCCUGCGCUCCCUGGACCUCAGCAGCAAUGGCCUCCCCGUGCUGCCUCCCGCCUUCUUCCGCUCCCUGCCUCAGCUGGAGACCAUUGACCUGGGCUCCAACAGCCUCCAGCCUUGCGACAGCCGGGGAGGGGAUUCGGGGGGCCCCUCUGCCAUGCCAGCCCCUGGAGGCACCUGCACCCCCUUCCACAACGUGCCUCACCUGAAGCACCUGAGCCUUUGUGACAACAACAUCACCAGGCUGCUUCCCUACGCCUUCAACGGCACCCCGCUGCUGUCCCUCGACCUGGCGGGGAACAGGGGCUUGUUCCUGGCCGAGGGAGCCCUGGGGGGCUUGGAGCCGUCCCUGCAGAGACUCUCCCUGAGGGGCAACCAGAUGGACGCCAGCGAGGCAGAGCUGCCCUGCCUGGGCAGGCUCAGGGCCUUGGACCUCUCGGGCAACCGCUUGAGCCUGCUGCCCGCGGGCGCUUCCUGCUCGCCGCUGGAGAGCCUGGAUGUGAGCCACAACCUGCUGCCGGGGCUGGCGCAGGGCGCCGCGGCGGGCUGGGCCCGCAGCCUGAGGGCCGUGGCGCUGGCCGGGAACCCGUUUGGCUGCUGCUCACUGGGCUGGCUGGACACGCUGCGGGCCGCCGGCGUGGCCGUGCGGGACCUGGACCAAGCGCUCUGCAGCUUCCCCGCCGAGGCCGGCAACCUCUCAGCCCACGUAGGCACCGGCCCCCGGGGGCUGUGCCCACGGCCCAGGGGCACCGGCUCGCUGCCGCUGCUCGCGGCCCUGCUCGGCCUUCUCGUCCUCGGCUCCGGGGCCUGGUGCCUCCUGAGGAAAGGGCGCAAGUCCUUGGCGUGGGCGGGACUCUGGAGCAACAGGGUUGGGGUCGUGCCCUGUCGCCCCAGAAGAGAGGAGGCAGCUGAGGGGAGGGCGGCAGCCGGCAGCACCCGGGUGUAGCCCAGCCCUGGCAGGAGCUGGCAACCCCCAUUGCUCAGAACUCUAAUCAUUAUCAGUGACAUUAUUGUAUCUCACACCCCAUCCCCUCACCUGUGUCCUGGGGUUUGGCAACCUAAUAAAGGGCGUGUGGCUGGUU